AUUAGGGUUCUUCCGGCGGCUAGGGGAAAGAAAGAGCUAGCGCAAUGCCGGCGGGACACGGGCAGAGGGCGCGUACCAGGGAUCUGUUCGCGAGGGAGUUCCGCAAGAAGGGGCCGAUCCCGCUCAGCGUCUACCUGCGCACAUUCCGUGUGGGCGACUACGUGGAUGUCAAGGUGAAUGGCGCGAUCCACAAGGGCAUGCCGCACAAAUUCUACCACGGCCGCACCGGGGUUGUGUGGAAUGUCACCAAGCGCGCGGUCGGAGUCGAGAUGAACAAGCAGGUGGGGAACAGGAUCAUCAAGAAGAGGCUACACGUCCGGAUCGAGCACGUCAAGCCCUCGCGCUGCCGGGAGGAUUUCCUCAAGAGAAUCAAGAGCAGUGCGGAGGCGAGGAAGAGUGGCAACAAGACGUGCCUCAAGCGCCAGCCCGCGGGGCCAAAGCCUGGAUUUAUCGUCGAGGGCGCGACGCUAGAGACUGUCACUCCUGUGCCAUACGAUGUUGUCAACGAUCUCAAGGGAGGCUACUGAAGAGCCUUCUUCAAAACUCUUUUUGCACGACCUCUAGUAAAAGUUUGUGACUUCUCCAAGAACCCUAAUUUUUCUAUGAACGCCCAUUUUUCCAAGAA